AUGCAAAUUCCAAGUAUUAACAACAGUGGGUCUCCUAAGCACGAAGACGCCUCUGCAAAUAACCUUCUUGGAUUAGCUCAAGAACAACCAUUGCAAUACCAGCAAUUGGAUCACUCUGAUAAUCAAUACCAGACAUCACGACAAUCUGGUCAACAAUCUCAAGCUGGUUUGGCACAAUUUCAAUCUCAACCUUAUCAAAGUCAAUAUCAACCUCAAUAUCAACAACAACAACAACAACAACAACAGGGAACUUCGCAACAAAAUGCUUACUUCCCUCCUCCUUUACAACAAUUACAACAAGCUCCUCAAUUACAACAAGGUCAGAGUUCUGCUACUCCUCAACAACCUCAAUACCAACAACAACAACCUAGUGCUACUACCGCUGCUGGUGGUAGCUCUUCAACCGCUUCUGGUUCCACCACUGGCGCAGGCACUACUACAACUUCAGGUCAACAAGAUUUUACCUAUGGUCAAUCUACAACAGCAGGUCAACCAAACCAAUCUUUGAAUCAACAACAAUUCUCAGAUUUCAUGUAUAAUUCCUUCUUAUCACAUUUGGCCAAUAAACAAUCUGGUUCACCAUUAACUAAUGCAAUGGGAUCCGCUUCUCAUAUCAAUCCCGCUACUGCUGCUGCCGCUGCAACAAAUAAUACAUCUUAUUUGAAUCCUCCAAUUCAAAGAUAUUUUUCUAAUGGUAUGAAUGCAGGUCAAUCUUCUCUCUUAGAUAACACACAUUCAUCUUCAUUAUUACAACCUCCUUUACCAUUAGGACAACAAGGGCAACAAGGGCAACAACAGGCACAACAACCACAAUAUUUACAACUUCAUAAUGACCAACAACAAUUGCAACAACAAUUGAAUCAAAACCCUCAAAUGGUUCAACAAUUGCAACAGCAAUAUCAACAACACCAACAACAACAACAACAACAACAACAACAACAACACCAACAUCUUCAACAGUCUAUUCCACAACAACGACAAGCCGCUCAUCAUCAUCAACAGCAACAUCAACACCAACAACAACCACAACAGCAACAACAACAACAACAACAACAACAGCAACAACAACAACCACAAUUACCUGUUCCAAAAAAAUUAUCUUCAACUCAAAGUAGAAUUGAAAGAAGAAAACAAUUGAAAAAACAAGGCCCUAAAAGACCUUCUUCUGCUUAUUUCUUAUUUUCAAUGUCAAUAAGAAAUACUCUAUUACAACAAUUCCCUGAUGCUAAAGUACCAGAAUUAUCUAAAUUAGCUUCAGCAAGGUGGAAAGAAUUAACUGACGUCGAAAAAAAACCUUAUUAUGAUGAAUUUAGAACAAAUUGGGAUAAAUAUAGAAUAUUAAGAGAUGAAUAUGAAAAAACUUUACCACCAAAGAGACCCUCAGGUCCAUUUAUUCAAUUCACACAAGAAAUUCGUCCACAAAUUGUUAAGGAAAAUCCUGAUAAAAAUUUAAUUGAAAUUACAAAAAUAAUAGGUGAAAAAUGGCGUGAAUUAGAUCCAACUAAAAAAGCAGAAUAUACUGAAACUUAUAAGAAAAGAUUAAAGGAAUGGGAAAAGUGUUAUCCAGAAGAUGAAAAUACAGAUUUACCAAAUGCAAAUUCAAGAUCAAAUAAGAAGAAAAAUUCAAAUGCAAAAAAAUCUCAAAGUAAUUCUUUAACACCAAAUUCAUUACCUCCAAUGAAUCAUCCUAAUUUAAACGGUUCAGCAUCUAAUACCAAUACUAAUACUCCAACAAUUACUACUCCAACAACAACAUCGACCGCAACAACUACAGCUGCCGCCGCCGCUGCAGCAAAUUCAAUAAUGAACCCAACUCAAAAUUCUUUGUUAUCACAAUUUAAUCCAAAUCCAAAUUCUUUGACUUCAUCACAUUCAGUAAUGCCAAGAAAUCAAUGA